UGACAUAGCAAGUAGAUCUGGUAGUGUUGAUACAGGAAGUAGACCUGGCAAUUUUGACAAUUCAAGAAGACCCGGUAGUGUUGAUAAAGCAAGUAGACCUUGUAAUGUUGACAAUGCAAGAAGACCUAGUAGUGUUGAGAAAGCAAGUAGACCUUGUAGUGUUGACAUAGCAAGUAGAACUGGUAGUGUUGACAAAGCAAGUAGACCUGGUAGUGUUGAUAAAGCAAAUAGACCUGGUAGUGUUAACAAAGAAAGUAGACCUGGUAGUGUUGACAAAGUAAUUAGACCUGGUAGUGUUGACAUAGCAAGUAGAACUGGUAGUGUUGACAAAGCAAGUAGAACUGGUAGUGUUGACAAAGCAAGUAGACCUGGUAGUGUUGAUAAAGCAAAUAGACCUGGUAGUGUUAACAAAGAAAGUAGACCUGGUAGUGUUGACAAAGCAAGUAGACCCAGUAGUGUUGACAAAGUAAGUAGACCUGGUAGUGUUGACAAAGCAAGUAGACCCGGUAGUGUUGACAUAGCAAGUAGACCUGGUAGUGUUGACAAAGCAAGUAGACCCGAUACUGUUGACAUUGUAAGUAGGCCUUGUAGUCUUAACAAAGCAAGUAGACCUGGAAGUGUUGACAAUUUAAGACCUGGUAGUGCUGACAUAACAAGUAGCCCUUGUAGUGUUGACAUAGCAAGUAGACCCAGUAGUGUCGACGAAGCAAAUAGACCUGAUAGUGUUGACAAAGCAAGUAGACCCAGUAGUGUCGACGAAGCAAAUAGACCUGAUAGUGUUGACAAAGCAAGUAGACCCGGUAGUGUUGUCAAAGCAAGUAGACCGGAUAGUGUUGAAACAGCAAGUAGUCUUGGUAGUGUUGACAGAGCAAGUAGACCCAGUAGUGUCGACAUAACAAGUAGAACUGGUAGUGUUGAAAAAGCAAGUAGAUCUGGUAGUGUUGACAAAGCAAGUAGAGAUAUCAGUGUUGACAUAGCAAGUAGAACUGGUAGUGUUGACAAAGCAAGUAGACCUGGUAGUGUUGACAAAUCAA